AUGGCGUCUACAAUGAAGUUUGUCUACUACAAUCAGGGCCAUAAGGAGAUGACCAACAACAAUAACAACAAGUAAGACACAAGUUUAGUUCUACGGUGAUUGUUUUUUUACAUAUCAAAUUCAAUUUAUUGUUAGCUUAUGUGUAUCUAAUAACAACUUUUUGAGUAUCGUUUAUUAGGCAAUACUUUUUUUGAUUAUUGUUAACUUACUUUAGCGAUACGAAGCGAUUGGAAGAUGUGAAGCGCCGUUUCAGACGUAGCGGAAGCGUCGGAGUUCCAUUUGUAUCUGAAGAAGAGGCUAAGGAACUCAAAGUGAGUCAAGAGAACCUAAAGUAAUAUGGUUUUAGCAUGAAAAAACGAUCGAAGAGCUGGCAGAUGAGAAUGGAAUCUUGUUCAUGGCUAUGAUCAUUACCACCAAGAAGACCUCUGCUAAUUUGGCUACCAUCUUGUCGUUGCUACCUAAGGAAGUAUCGCUGAAACAUAUAGAAAGCCGAGAUCCAAAGCAUGGCCAUGGUGAAGAAUUGGAGGUUUUUGUAGAAGUUGAAGUGCCUGGACAUCUCCAUGCUGACUCUGUAACCGCUGAUUUGAGAAACAAGGGGUACGAUGUCCAUGAAGUCUCUAGAACCGAGAUUCCACUUGGAGCUGAAGAGUUUAGGGAUCCUGGAUCAGAAGAUGCUUUGGCCGGAUGUCCAUGGUUCCCUAAGGCGAUAAAAGAUUUGGAUAUUUGUGGGAAGAGAGUCAUCAUGUACGGGGCUGGAGGGCUUGACGCUGAUCAUCCUGUAGGUUUUAGUAUUUUAUUCUCUAAAUUAACUGUUAGUUUAGUUAAUUCACAAUCAGCUUUUUUAACAGAGUUGUUACAUUGACUGGCUUGAUUUCUUUCAGGGAUUCAAAGAUGAAGAAUACCGUAAACGUCGCAUGAUGUUCGCCGAGAUCGCUUUAAAUUACAGACAGUAAGGGACCAUAAGCAACCUUAAAUUAUAUAAAAUAAUUUUGAAAAGUGGCAUUAAAAUAACAAAUUUUAGAGGAGAUCCAAUACCACGCAUCAAUUAUACCGAGGGUGAACUCAAAACAUGGUAUGUUGAUCUGAACUUUACGUGACAUAAACUGUUGUAGGGGUAUGAUUUAUCGUAGAUUGCGAGAGUUACACAAACAGCACGCUUGUAAGGAGUUUCUGGAGAAUUUUGAAUUGUUGGAAAAGUACUGCGGAUACUCGGAGAAUAACAUACCACAGUUGGAAGAUGUCAGCAACUUCUUGAAAGGUAUAGAAAACAUUGUUAGAGUAAUAUAAACUAAUUUUUAAAAGAAAUGUUAUGUUGUAGUGAUAAAACAAUAUUUAUUUCACAGAAAAACUAAAAUUUUAGAGAAGACUGGAUUCAGAAUCCGUCCAGUAGCCGGAUACCUUUCUGCGCGUGACUUCUUGGCCGGCUUAGCCUUUAGGGUAUUUAACUGUACUCAGUACUUGAGACACGAAGCAGAUCCCUUUUAUACCCCUGAACCGUAAGUACUUGCUCUAAUCACAGUAUAUCUUUAUAUUCAUCAUAAUCUAACUUUUAAUUUCAUAUGGGUUGAUUUGUUAGCUUAAUAUGCCUAUCAUUACCUCCAAAACUUUACUUUUAUUGUAGAGAUACUGUGCACGAACUCAUGGGGCACAUGGCACUGUUUGCGGACCCGGAGUUCGCCCAAUUCUCUCAAGAACUGGGAUUAGCGUCGUUGGGCGCUUCAGAGGAAGAUCUGAAGAAGCUGGCUACGGUAAGUGAAAGUAGAAUUGUUUAGUGUUUUCAGCUCUACUUCUUCUCCAUCGAGUUUGGUCUCUGUUCCAUCGACAAACCCAAACCAGGCAGCUUGGGGCACAAGGUCUAUGGAGCCGGGUUGCUUUCUAGUGCUGGGGAACUUGUUGUAAGUUUUAGUGUUCUGGAAAGUUUGAUUGCAGUAUUUAUAAACAUAUAAAAUAAUAUACAUAAUUCAAAAUAAAUAUACAACAAAGUAAAAAAUUUUUAUUUUAGCACGCUGUUGAAGCCAAGGAAAAGAUAUUGCGAUUUGACCCGGACCGAGUAGUUCAACAAGAAUGCUUGAUAACCACUUUCCAAGACAAUUAUUUUUACACUCGUAGUUUCGACGAGGUGCAACAAAAGUUACGGUAAGCCAGUUCUCGAAUUAUUAGAUGUUCAUGAUUUAUUAAAAAUCAAAAUUGAUACAUGCCAUCUAGAUUCAAAUUAAUGCAAUUAAAGGUUUUUGUAAUUUAAAAUAAAUUUUUAAAAAACAAAAUACAAACUUCAGAACAUUCACCAACAGCAUGAAUCGCCCAUUCGUAGUACGGUACAAUCCGUACACAGAAUCGAUCGAAGUUUUGAAUAACAAACGAUCCCUGAUGUUGGCUGUCAAUUCACUAAGAUCUGAUAUUAACCUUCUGGCCGGCUCUUUACGAAACAUUCUUUAG